UUAUCCAUGCGGAACUAAAGAUUAUCCUCAAGAGAAUUUUGCUGACCUAUCCUCUCGCGUCGCGCCUUUUCUCGUCUUCUCUCUGAAUCCAAGAAGCCCAGCCAGCAUAUUCCUCUGCAAAAUCCCUUUCUCUUCCAAGUAAAUAUUGGAGUAUCCUAAAACAACAUGAUUGCCCUUGUUUAAAUCUCCAGUCUUCCUUCUUCCCGCUUUUUCAAUUCUCCGAUGGCAUUCCUUGUUCGUUCGCCGGAGAUUCCCACCGUCUCGGCGAGAAUCAAUUCGAGUGUAGGUCCUUCGAUUACGAGGAGUAAAAAGGGUAAGGUUAAGGUUUCGGCGAUUGACGCCAGAGAUUUGUCUGGUGUUAAGAAUCAGAAAUCGAGGUUGUUCGGGAAAUUCUCAGCUCCGGUGAAAGAAGAUUGCGAGAUUAGCAGAGGCGAAGGAGAAGAUAAGCAGGGUUACUAUGUCAAUAUGGGUCACGCCGUUCGUAGUAUCCGAGAAGAGUUCCCUUUGCUCUUCUACAAAGAGCCUAAUUUUGACAUUUACAGGGAUGAUAUUGUGUUCAGAGACCCCAUGAACACAUUCAUGGGAAUUGAUAACUACAAAUCCAUAUUUUGGGCGUUACGUUUCCAUGGAAGGAUCUUCUUCAGAGCACUUUGUGUCGACAUUGUUAGUGUUUGGCAACCCACAGAGAACACUCUGAUGAUACGAUGGACUGUUCACGGAAUUCCUCGUGGCCCAUGGGAGACUCGUGGUCGAUUCGAUGGGACUUCUGAGUAUAAAUUCGAUAAGAGUGGGAAGAUUUAUGAACAUAAAGUGGAUAACAUAGCCAUCAAUUCGCCUCCAAAGUUUCAAAUGCUCACUGUUCAAGAGCUUGUUGAAGCCAUUAGCUGCCCUUCGACUCCCAAGCCGACCUACUUUGAGUUUGGAGAUUGAUUCAUCAUCUUCCUCUGAAACAUACUUAGUGUUGUGUAUAGUAGUAGUCUUUCGUGUAGCUAUAGAUAGAGAGUGGUGUGUGUGUAAUAUAUAUAUGACGAAGAAUGAAAUAAACCCAAUAAAUAAAACGAUAUGAAUGUUGUGGAAGCCUGCCUUAA